AUAGAAGUGGAGCAUAAAUAGUCGACUACCCCGCCAGUGCAACUACGCCUAGAGCUCCAAUCAACAACACAACAAGAAGCAGAAUCUAUUACUAUCUUCACCCUUUCAACACUUUUUUCAAUCCUCAAACCACCACCCAACAUGGCUCUCUCAUUCCACAAGAUCGCCGUCGCUCCCGUCAUCACAGGCCUCAAGAACGCACACUUCUUCAUCACCAAAGGCUACGAGCACGCCAAAGCCACCGAUCCCAAUGACUUCCUGACGGCAUCUAUCCAUCCGGACAUGAAGGACUUCCGCUACCAGGUCUACCGUUUCACCGACGCCGCUAAGUUCAUCCCCUCACGCGUGAACCCCGCCUUGGAAGGCAUCACUCUACCCGACGAAGAGCAGACCUUCCCCGAGUUACUAGCUCGCGUCGAGAAGACUAUCAAGUACCUUGAAGGUUUCUCGGAGAAGGACUUCGAGGGCAAGCAUGAUGAGGAGGUUAUCGUCAAGUUUGGUAGUGUCAAGCAGAUUAGGCUGCCGGCGCUGGAUUAUGUGACCAGGUUUGCGCAUCCAAACAUGUGGUUCCACAUCGUGACUGCGUAUGACAUACUGAGGAUGAAGGGCGUUGAUGUUGGAAAGAUGGACUUCUUGAACGGUACGGGCGGCAUUACAGUCGAGGACAUUUCGCAGUAGUGGUGCUAGACUUAGAUGUCUGAGUAUGCGCUGAAAGCGAUGGGUCGGUCCGCGAAAAGGAAUCGCA